AUGCAGAUCUUCGUUAAGACUCUCACCGGCAAGACCAUCACCCUUGAGGUCGAGAGCAGCGAUACCAUCGACAACGUGAAGGCCAAGAUUCAGGACAAGGAGGGUAUUCCUCCUGACCAGCAGCGUCUGAUUUUUGCCGGCAAGCAGCUCGAGGACGGACGUACUCUUGCUGACUACAACAUCCAAAAGGAGUCUACGCUUCACUUGGUGCUCCGCCUUCGUGGUGGCAUGCAGAUCUUCGUUAAGACCCUUACCGGAAAGACCAUCACUCUGGAGGUCGAAAGCAGCGAUACCAUCGACAACGUGAAGGCCAAGAUUCAGGACAAGGAGGGUAUUCCUCCCGACCAGCAGCGCCUGAUUUUCGCCGGCAAGCAGCUUGAGGACGGGAGAACCUUGGCCGACUACAAUAUCCAGAAGGAGUCGACGCUGCAUCUGGACAAGGAGGGUAUUCCUCCUGACCAGCAGCGUCUGAUUUUCGCCGGCAAGCAGCUGGAGGAUGGACGUACGCUCGCCGACUACAACAUUCAGAAGGAGUCCACUCUUCACCUGGUGCUCCGUCUCCGUGGUGGCAUGCAAAUUUUUGUUAAGACGCUCACCGGCAAGACUAUUACCCUCGAGGUGGAGAGCAGCGAUACCAUCGACAACGUGAAGGCUAAGAUUCAGGACAAGGAGGGGAUCCCCCCUGACCAGCAGCGUCUGAUUUUCGCCGGCAAGCAGCUCGAGGACGGACGCACGCUCGCGGAUUACAACAUCCAGAAGGAGUCGACGCUCCAUCUGGUCCUGCGUCUCCGCGGUGUAAUUUGUGUCCCACCCACCCACUUCUGCCUCCCCCAUUCCCUCCCUCCCCCCCUCCCUCCCUCCUCGCUCCCUCCCUCCCUCCCUCGCUCCCUCCCUCCCUCCUCGCUCCCUCCCUCCCUCCUCGCUCCCUCGCUCCCUCCCUCGCUCCCUCCCUCGCUCCCUCCCUCGCUCCCUCCCUCGCUCCCUCCCUCCCUCGCUCCCUCCCUCGCUCCCUCCCUCGCUCCCUCCCUCGCUCCCUCCCUCGCUCCCUCCCUCGCUCCCUCCCUCGCUCCCUCCCUCCCUCCCUCCCUCCCUCCCUCCCUCCCUCCCUCCCUCCCUCCCUCCCUCCCUCCCUCCCUCCCUCCCUCCCUCGCUCCCUCCCUCCCUCGCUCCCUCCCUCCCUCGCUCCCUCCCUCCCUCGUUCCCUCCCUCCCUCCCUCCCUCCCUCCCUCCCUCCCUCCCUCCCUCCCUCCCUCCCUCCCUCCCUCCCUCCCUCCCUCCCUCCCUCCCUCGCUCCCUCCCUCCCUCGCUCGCUCGCUCGCGUCGCUCCCUCCCUCCCUCCCUCCCUCCCUCCCUCCCUCCCUCCCUCCCUCCCUCCCUCCCUCCCUCCCUCCCUCCCUCCCUCCCUCCCUCCCUCCCUCCCUCCCUCCCUCCCUCCCUCCCUCCCUCCCUCCCUCCCUCCCUCCCUCCCUCCCUCCCUCCCUCCCUCCCUCCCUCCCUCCCUCCCUCCCUCCCUCCCUCCCUCCCUCCCUCCCUCCCUCCCUCCCUCCCUCCCUCCCUCCCUCCCUCCCUCCCUCCCUCCCUCCCUCCCUCCCUCCCUCCCUCCCUCCCUCCCUCCCAUCCCUCCCCAUCUCACAUGCAUGGCAGCGAGCGUGCUCCCAUCCACUCCCAUCCCCCCUGUGGUCCAGCCUCCAGGCGAUCGCAGUCCCAAUUCCUGUUGAUGUCCACACCACGCCCUGCCAUGCCAUGGGGCACAUGGGGGAAUGGGACAUGGGGGAAUGGCACAUGGGGGAAUGGGACAUGGGGGAAUGGGACAUGGGGGAAUGGGACAUGGGGGAAUGGGACAUGGGGGAAUGGGACAUGGGGGAAUGGGACAUGGGGGAAUGGGACAUGGGGGAAUGGGACAUGGGGGAAUGGGACAUGGGGGAAUGGCACAUGGGGGAAUGGGACAUGGGGGAAUGGGACAUGGGGGAAUGGGACAUGGGGGAAUGGGACAUGGGGGAAUGGGACAUGGGGGAAUGGGACAUGGGGGAAUGGGACAUGGGGGAAUGGGACAUGGGGGAAUGGGACAUGGGGGAAUGGGACAUGGGGGAAUGGGACAUGGGGGAAUGGGACAUGGGGGAAUGGGACAUGGGGGAACGGGACAUGGGGGAAUGGGACAUGGGGGAAUGGGACAUGGGGGAAUGGGACAUGGGGGAAUGGGACAUGGGGGAAUGGGACAUGGGGGAAUGGGACAUGGGGGAAUGGGACAUGGGGGAAUGGGACAUGGGGGAAUGGGACAUGGGGGAAUGGGACAUGGGGGAAUGGGACAUGGGGGAAUGGGACAUGGGGGAAUGGGACAUGGGGGAAUGGGACAUGGGGGAAUGGGACAUGGGGGAAUGGGACAUGGGGGAAUGGCACAUGGGGGAAUGGGACAUGGGGGAAUGGCACAUGGGGGAAUGGCACAUGGGGGAAUGGCACAUGGGGGAAGGGCCAUGGGGACAAGGGGGAGGGGAGGAGUUGGAGAGCAAGGGGAGGAGUUGA